CACCACCAGCACUGCGCCCCCGCCGCCAUGGUGUCCCCCGUCACCGUGGUGACGGCUUAGGCCAGGGCUUGUGCCGGCCACCGCGCUGGGCAGACCUUUCCAUAGGCUGCGUGGCCUCCCACCGGGACCUGGUCGCCCCAGACAAGCCAGUCUGGCGCUCCCAGCAUCUAAUGGCAUGAGGCAGGACACUCUUGUGAUGAGAAUCAGGAACUGUGAGCUCCAGGGCUGCUGUACAACUGAUAGCUGGAAAAAACCACACAAGGAUGCAUCGGUUAUGAAGAGGAAGCUACGGAGAGAUCAUGGCUAGGUCUGCUUGUUUGUGCUGGUUGCCAGGCAUGCAUCAUGGCCUGGAGGGUUUGGCAUGUCUGCCCUGUGCACAAGGAGAGACCUCAUCGUCAUGCAGAGCUAGCCAAGCUGCUGUCCGUGAUGCUGCACAAUUUGCAUGUGCUGUGUGGGGAUCAUGCCCACAGAUAAACACCGAAGGUCCCAAGCUGGUGCCCUUCUUUAAAGCCACUUGUGUCUAUUUUGUCCUCUGGCUGCCAACUUCCAGCCCCUCUUGGUUCAGUGCCCUCAUCAAAUGCCUGCCCAUCUUCUGCCUGUGGGUUUUCCUUCUGGCUCAUGGAAUUAACUUCUUAGUGUCACACCAGAGCGCCAGCCGCAUCCUAGCGGGACUCAUAUUCUCAGCAGUGGGAGAUGCCUUUCUCAUCUGGCAGGAGCAGGGCUACUUCAUUCACGGUUUGCUGAUGUUUGCCAUCACACACAUCCUGUACUCUUCAGCCUUUGGCAUGAAGCCUUUGGACCUCAAAGCCGGCUUGUUGAUGGGCCUCGUUUCCAGUUCCUGUUAUGCCUUCCUGUACUACUACCUCUCAGGCCCAUUCACCUACCUGGUAGCUGUCUACAUUGCCUUGAUUGGCUUCAUGGGCUGGAGAGCAGUCGCCGGCAUGCAGCUGUGCAACGACCUCUGGACAUGGACCAAGCUCUCGGCCUGCAUAGGAGCGAUGCUGUUCAUGGUGUCGGAUCUGACCAUUGCACUUAACAAAUUCUGUUUUCCUGUGCCCUACUCACGCUUCAUCAUCAUGGCUACCUACUAUGCAGCCCAAAUGCUUAUUUCACUCUCAGCUGUAGAGAGCAGAGAUGAAGAGGACUUCAGAAAGAGGAGCUAGGUGGAGUGCCAAUAGUCUGUGAACAAUGUGGGCUAUAUCUCAGGUGCUGUAGCUGCAUUCACCCCUGAGAGAGAUCUCCAUUUCUCUAAGCACAUUGGUGAUGUUGAUUUUGCUUCUUUGAAGCAUCACCUUUGGGGAUUUUUUUUUCCAAUGGCUUUCUCUGAAUACAGCUUACUUCAGUGUGGAGUCCUCAUCAGAAAGCUUAGACUGUCCCUGCAAUAGCUACUCAGUCAACUUUUCCUCCUUGGAAGUGCUGCACUACUGCAUUACUUGUUAGUCUUGAAACUGAUGCUGAAUGUCUGGGAUGAGGAGGGCUGAUGGAAAGGAGGUUUGGCCAUGCACUGUGCUGGAAGACUUGCUUUCCCUAGUAAACAGACAGGCACAUGUCUCUGGUAAAAUCAUAGGUAAAAACUAA